AUGAACUGCCGCGGACUUGUCAAGUCCGGAAACUCCGAUAGUCGCUCUCUCUCCAUUAGAUAUCUUCGUUCACUCUCUUUAGACAUACUUACCCUUCAAGAAACUCAUGCCAACACAGACGCUCCUCAACAGACACGAGCGAUGAUCCUCAACAGCCACGCCCACCCUUUUUAUCUUCACAAGAGAGUAAAAAGCUACCCAAUGAAAUUCAAUACUCCCCAAAUCAUUCCUGGUAAACCUUCCCAGAAUGGUGUACAUGGCUCUUCUCUCCGGCAAUUAAGCCCUGAUAUUGUCUUAGAGACAAAUGAAGAUUUGAUUCCUUCCGGUCAUGAGACAGCCGGAAAUGACGAAGUGGAAGUUCAGGAAGCUGCCCAAUAUUUGGAGGAAGAAGGGGAAUCAGAGUCUGAUAAUGAAAUACAAAGCUCAACUGGAAAUACAAGCCAAAAUAUAUGGUAUACUGGUAUCUAUGACAAGUUUAUAUCUACGAGUAAUAACCAGAGAAAAGUCAAUCGCCUUUGGAAUAACCUCCUGAAGACCUUGAAGGAAGAUCCAGAGUUUGUUAAUAUGUCGACCGUUUUUCGGUCAGCCGUGGACAGCAACAUGUGUAGCAAUAGAUUCGAGUUGCUGAAAAGAGACUUUAUGGAAGAAUCAGAUAGAGUAUACGCUCAAAUUGAUUGUGAGAAUAGUCAGUACCGAAUGCCUUGGUAUCACGAAAUGCGACAGAUCACCAUAAAUGAUGGAUUAUUCACGAUUACAUAUAUGAUCUCAUCUGGAUCAUCUACAUCGGGCGCGACAAUUACACGUAUGUCUUCUAGUGGAAGAAUCACUAGGGGGUACCUUGGGACUUCUCGGCCUUUGAAGGUCAUUGAUGAAGGAAAAGUGGUAGUGGAAAGGCCUACCACAAGAAGUUCACGUGUCAUAACCCUUCCUACGCCAACAAGACGUUCAGAUGCCAUACCUCUCCCUGUAAAAACAAGCCAGGGUCGACCAAACAAUAUUGAACACUAUGGUGCCAUUUUGGAGCUUGUCAGCUCAGUGUAUGAUGAAGUAAUGGAAGAAACGAGAACCGCCAUGCGCGACGUUAAAGAGGCAUCUAUUGGUACUACUGAAGAACGAGCAGAGAAGAGGAGAAAGAUCGUGGAGGGGAUUGAACAGAAAUUUACGGAUAUUGAAAUACGCGAUAAAAUGAUCGAGAUAUUGAAAGAGCAAGAAAAGAGUGUAGAGGAAAGAGAGAAAAGAGAGCAGAGAAAAGACAGAAAAGAUAAUAGGCGAAAAGAGAUAGAAGAGAUAGAAGAGAUAGAAGAGAAGAAGUGA